AUGCACUUGAGUCUUUCAACCAUUCGAUCCCUUGGCGGGUUGCAGCUACUAGUGACUUUGCUCUGUACCCGGAGCGUCGGCGCAGUCCCCACAUCUAGCAACCUGCUUCGUCGAAAUGGGACUUUGCCUUCUAUCUAUGAAUACCUUCAGCAACGAGCAGACCUCAUAGCCGAGGAGCGGGCCAUCCGUUUUGAUGCCGGCUUCAUAAAGAACGCUACUGAUAAAGAGCUAAGGGCGAUGAAAAUUGUGGAUGCUCUUCGUCUUCGCGAGCAGCAGGCUAUUUGGUUUGCCGACCCGGACAAGGAGCCAGGGAUGCCGUUUCUUUGGGCCAAAGAUACUAUUGCACAAACGGAUUUGUUCAAGCUUAUUAAAAAGGCAGGUGUUGGGUUAGGAGCAUGGGCGCUUUUACAUGCCCAUUCGGAUGCCAUCGUGGACACACUAUUUGCUCAACUUGCAUUGGACUAUCCCAGCAUACACCUACGCACAGCAUCGGGUGUGAAUUCUUCUGCACCAUUUCCAACACCCAUAUUUAGGCCUCUAUCACAAGACGAAGCGGACCAAUACGUUAACAAUUCGUUUCCGACAUCCCCAGAUUAUGUGCCUAAUUCGUGGGUCUCAGCACUAAAACUUCGAGAAGGGUUCCCUGGAGAGCUGGGUGGUAAGGAUGGGUUCGACAAAUGGAUAAUAAACGCAAUGACUAUUAGCGCCGACGAUACAUAUAUCCAAUACAACACAACAGCAAAGAUCUGGGCAAAAUUCACAAACACAUUCCUUGUCGCUUUGGCAGGUACUCUUUUUCAGUGGGGAACAACUGAUACUUACCUUACUCCUACAGGGACUUACUCGCUUUUGGUAUCCCAAGUCGAGGACGGUAUAUCGUACGUUGAAAUAAGAUUAGGAUACUCGCCAACGCGCACCGUUAUCAGCGAAGAUGGAACACGGAACCUGACUAAUAGUGAAGUAUUGGACAUCACCCAAAGCAUCAUUGAUGGAGUGAAAGCAAGGCUUCAGGAACAAGGGAGAGGAAACGAGUUUAUUGGAGCAAGGAUAAUUUACUCGGCAACUCGCUCAAUUUCCGUACCAGAAAUGGUCCAGCAAUUGAAUGACUGCCUUGAACUGAAGUCCAAGUAUCCGGAUUUGAUCGCAGGGUUUGAUAUGGCUGGCCAAGAAGACCCAGGCCACCCACUAGUGUUCUUUGCUGAAGCAUUGCUUGACUUCCGCUCUAAGGCGGAAAAGCGCGGGUUAGAUAUUCCCUUUAUGUUUCAUGCGGGCGAAACCCUGGACGAUGGCGGUGAAGUUGACAGUAAUUUGUACGAUGCGUUCUUACUCGGCGCCAAAAGGAUUGGGCACGGAUUCUCUCUAGCAAAACACCCUCUUUUGAUGCAGAAAUAUAGGGAGAAUGGGAUUGCCGUGGAGAUUUGUCCAAUUUCGAAUGAAUUAUUGAGGCUCACAAGAUCGGCAAAUACACACAUUCUACCGAUUUUAUUGAACAACGGGGUUCCAGUAGCACUUUCAUCCGAUGACCCAGCAGUGUUUCAGAACCCAGGGCUUUCAUUCGAUUUUUAUCAGGCCAUAGUUGCAAGCAAUAUAACCAAUAUUUUGAGUCUGGGGAAGAUUGCUCGACAGAGCUUAGAAUUCUCAUCCCUGAACAAUACUGCCAAAGCCGCCGCGCUGGACCUUUGGGAUGAGCGGUGGUACGCAUUCAUUGAUGGAAUCGUAGCGUCUGAUAGGUCCUUCGCUUGA